UUCUCAUUGAGAAGGAAAGGCUCUGUGGAACCAAGAUGUGGGUAAAGCCAGAAGAGGUCUUACUUGCCAAUGCACUAUGGGUAACAGAAAGAGCCAAUCCAUUUUUCAUCUUGCAGAGGAGGAAAGGCCGAGGUGGGGGUGGUCUCACUGGAUUGCUGGUUGGAACAAUGGAUGCUGUGCUAGAUAACAAAACCCCACCAUAUAGAAUACUGCAUCAGACAACUAACUCAGAAGUCAGCUAUGGAGUUGCUGUGGCCAACAGCAAGAGGGAGAUAUUCAAGGACUGGGAGUGGCUGGAACAGCAUGUGAUGGAAACACUGGAUACUUUUGAAAAUGAAGAUGAUGCCACUGAAUUUGUGCGAGGAAAGAUCAAUAGUCUGGUUGCCAAUGUUGUUACAGAUGAUGAUGGCAAAGACGAUGAGGAGACUGCUAAUUUCAAAAUAGCUUCCAGAAGGUUCCACAAGAUGUUCAACAUGCCUAAAGAGGAAAAACUGGUCAACUACUACUCCUGCAGUUACUGGAAGGGAGGAUUACCUCGGCAGGGAUGGGUGUAUUUGAGCGUGAACCACCUCUGCUUCUACUCAUUCCUCAUUGGCAAGGAGGCCAUGUUGGUUAUCAGAUGGACAGAUGUUACGAAAUUGGAAAAGGGGAACAACAUGAUUUUCCCAGACAGCAUUAGAGUAAAUACAAGAAAUCAACAGCAUGUGUUUUCCAUGCUUCUUCGCAGUGAAGAGACAUUUGGAUUGAUGGAGCAACUGGCCAACAUGGCUAUGAAACAGCUGCUGUCAGAAGAAACAUUUGAAGAAGACAGAGAUCUGAUGCUGAAAAUUAAGAAAAGUACUCCAAAGAAAGUCCCUCUUUUGNGAUAA